AUGGCUGCAAAACUGACCAUCACGGAUUUGGUACCCCUCCCCAACUCGGCGGUUCGAAUUCCCCGCCUUGGGUUCGGUGUUUAUCGCUCGCCCCCGACUCAGUGUGUGCUGUCGACUUCGAAGGCUUUGGAGGCAGGUUAUCGCCAUGUUGAUACGGCUCAGUUCUACGCGAAUGAGAAGGAGGUCGGCGAUGCGAUUCGCGCCUCGGGUAUCCCGCGCAACGAAAUAUUCGUGACUACUAAGAUCCUUGUCCCCGGUGGCUCGCCUGAUGCGACCUAUAGUAAGCUGCUGGCCAGCGUGGAGAAGAUUGGGGGUCCGGAUGGUUAUGUGGAUUUGUUUCUGAUUCAUAGCGCCAACUCGGGCGCGUUGGGUCGGAAGGAGAUGUGGCAGGCCCUGGAAAGACUCUUGGAGGAAGGGAAGACAAAGAGUAUUGGUGUUAGCAACUGGGGUGUGAAGCACAUUGAGGAGAUGAAGUCGUAUGCGAAGGUUUGGCCGCCGCAUGUAAACCAGAUUGAGCUCCAUCCUUGGUGUCAACAGCGGGUUGUCGAUGCGUAUUGUAAGAAGCAUGGCAUCGUUGUUGAGGCUUACUCUCCGAUUGUGCGUAACUAUAAAGCGAGCGAUCCUACGCUUGUCGACCUGGCGAAGAAAUAUGGAAAGACAACCCAGCAGGUCUUGGUACGCUACGCUCUGCAGAAGGGAUGGGUACCGCUGCCCAAGUCCGAUAACCCUGAUCGGAUCGUGGCCAACGCCAAUGUAUUUGGCUUUGAAAUAAGCGAGGAGGAUAUGGCUGUGUUGAAUGCCCUGGACCAGGGAAGUGCUGGGGCUAUUGUGGAGGCCGUUGAAAACGAAUAG